AUGGAUUUUUCCAAAAUAGAUAUUUUCUCAUCUCCUUUCCAAUUCCAUUUUGGGAUUAAUACUAAAAGAAAAGGUAGUUUAUCUGGAGCCAUUUUAUCAAUAUGUCUAAUAGUAAUCAUGCUCAUAUACUCAUCAUAUUUAUUUUAUUUGUAUUUUAAUAAUCAAAUUAACCCAAAUUACUCAUCUUAAAGUUUUAUUUCAGAAGAAACAAUCUCUGUUGACCUUUAAAAUGACCUCUUUGGAUUUAAAUAUGAGUAUGGAGUUAAUCUCAAUCUUGAUGAUUUAUAAGAGUAAUAAAAUAAGACAUAUUUAGUAUAUGUUCCUCUUUUCGCUUACUAAAAUGGAAGCGAUUUCUAAAUGAUACCUUUAAAUUAUACUAAAUGUAGUAGCGCCAAGCUUUAAGGGUUUAACUGUUUGGAUUUUUCUAACCUUAAAAACUACUCAUUAACCUUAAGCACCUAAGAUAACAUAUCUUCAUACAUUUAUAUGUUUGUAUAUUAAUGUUAAGACACAGAUAUGUUCAAAGAAUUUAUUCCUAAUAAUUGCGCCAACUAAACAGAAAUUAACUCUGUUGUUAAUAACCCUUAUUCUGAUCUCCGUUUGAAAUUCUUAACUUCUUAAUAUAAUACUACAUCAUAGGUAAUUUAAACAAACUACAGGAAUUCAUAUGUUUAUAUGUAAGGGGAUUAAUUUCAAUUGUACACUUUUAAAACUCAAAAGUAGAUCACUCAGCUUAAACAAGGAGCUAUAAUUCAAUCUGAGAGCACUUUCUCUUCUCCUAUAUCAUAUGAUAUACAAAAUUUUAGCUUCGAUAGAUAAUCUUUUAUCUAAACUGUUGGUUAGACUGCUUAUUUGUAAUUUACUAUUCAGAUGGAUGAAAUUGUUUAGAAUAUGUUUCUUGGCACAUAUUAGAAUAUAUUAAAAGAAAAUAAAAUUCUGGAUAAAAAGGAUGAUGAAUAUUUUAAAAAUUAAAUAAAAUUCGAUUAAAAUAAAAUCGAAGAACGAGAAGAAGACAUGAAAGUAGAUAGCGUUUAAGAGAUUAUUGUUCCUUCCUUUGAUACUAAAUUAAUAAAAUCAAUUUGUAGUAGCCAGGAUUAAUCACCUACAAAUCAAAUCUAGCCACCUUUAAUGAAUUCACCAACAUGUUAAAAUAAUAAAUUUACCUCAUUUGAGUUAGCUGCAUAAAAGUUGUAAGUAGUGAAAAAAAAAACAAUAAAAAGUAUAUUUAAUCAAGAAAUCGGUUUAAAAAGCUAAUAGAGGAGGAUUCAAAAGAAAAAAAAAUUAGCAAAUUCACAGUGUUUUAAGGUAAGUGAUUACUAGUAAUCCCAAGGAUUAGGCUAAAAUGACAAGCGCGCAAUAGAUGACUAUAUUAAUUAAAGCUUAGAUGUAUUGCAGUUCUAUAGAGAUAUUACAUUACUAAAGAAAGCAGCUUUAAUUCUACUGAGUAAGGAUUAGUUGGCUAUAUUGUAGCUAGUUGGAUUAUCUUCAGAUUUUUAGAAAGAACCUGAUAAAAUGAGCUUUUUCGAAGAAUAGUAUUCUAUUUUAAGCGACAGUAGCUUGUAAGAAAAAUACAUAAAUUCUUUCUUUAAAAGAAUUUAGAAUAGCCAAGAAAUAAGUGAAACAGAUUUAAGAAUAUUAGAUUCUUUAUAAUGA